AUGGCCCCCGAUAUGUCAGUACGUUUCUUGCCGCAUCCGUACGUCCCUCGCUUGAGAAAGGUCUUGCUUGCGGGGAUGUGUACUCCUCCUUCGUCGGUGGCGCGCCACGUCGUGCAUAUCGCGCCUCGUGCCCGCAUCAUCGGGAGACAAAAAGAGCCCCGUUCUCCAUUGGGCGUGAACACGUCUCCCCGGACAAGAGAGACAGCACCGCCUCAGGGCCGAAGGAGUGCAUGCCGGUCCCCACUAUGUGGAUAUCUUGAGACGCUGGAGACGCUUCACCCCCAGCCACUCGAGCGAGUGAGCGAGAUGGAAGGCGUGUCCUCGAUAGACGAUGCCAUGCACCUGUCCCAAGCCAUCGGCGGCGCUGAGGCACAUCGUAUCACAUCACCCGUCCUCAAGGCGGGAGGGAUGUGA